GUUCUGAGGUCAUGGCCUGUAUGACUCUUCAGACCUCCUAUUCACAGAUGAAGAGGAACAGAUGAAGAGGAACAGAUUUGGCGAUGCCUUCACCCAUUUUUUCCGUCGGCGGGAACUCGAUAGCGGUCUUUACUAUUGGGUUUGACAUACACCACUUACAGUUAGAUGAUCAACGUAGCACGGGUUCCAAGAACAAAGGAGCUGGUCUUUAGCUUCAACAGGGCAUUACAUUUGGAGGUCAAUACGGUUAUGGUGGAGCACAAAAUAAUGUCCUAAAGGCGACUCUUGGAACGAAGCCAGGUGUAAACAGAUAGAGCUUCAUUAUACAGAAGUCAAGUGCUUAUGGUGUGGCACAGAAGCUCGCAAGGAUAAAAAAGGUAAAUCGUCUGGUAAUUUACCUUCCCGCAAUAGCACUGCCACAAUAGGAGUGUUCUGAGGUCAUGGCCUGUAUGACUCUUCAGACCUCCUAUUCACAGAUGAAGAGGAACAGAUGAAGAACAGAUGAAGAGGAACAGAUGAAGAGGAACAGAUUUGGCGAUGCCUUCACCCAUUUUUUCCGUCGGCGGGAACUCGAUAGCGGUCUUUACUAUUGGGUUUGACAUACACCACUUACAGUUAGAUGAUCAACGUAGCACGGGUUCCAAGAACAAAGGAGCUGGUCUUUAGCUUCAACAGGACAUUACAUUUGGAGGUCAAUACGGUUAUGGUGGAGCACAAAUGUCCUAAAGGCGACUCUUGGAACGAAGCCAGGUGUAAACAGAUAGAGCUUCAUUAUACAGACGUCAAGUGCUUAUGGUGUGGCACAGAAGCUCGCAAGGUUAGAAAGGGUAAAUGGUCUGGUAUUGGUGAUAUAGAUAAUACAGUGUUAGGUCAAAGUUAUGUUAUGGUUAAAGUUAUAGAAACAAUAGAUAUAAAGAUAGAUGAUACAGAGAGUCUUGUAGUUAUAUCCUGAAGAAAGAAAGAGAAUGAAUGAAUGAAAGGAGAGAUUGCUCAAGAUAUUGGAUUGUAUUGACAACGCGUCAUGACAUUUAAGAUCACUUUGAUUACAAAACGAUUGAAAUAAUGUUGUAAAUGUUUUUCAACAUUUCUAUCAAGGUCACAGUGACAAAAGAAAGUAUUUGUGUUUGAAGAACAUGGAAAUCAUAAUGUAAGAGGAUUUGUCUGCUGCCCUGAUUGUGUGGAAUCAUCAUGCAGCAAUAAUGUUAGAUUAGAAUGGUUAUAUUGGCUAUGUCUUUGACUGUUAUAAUUGUGAGAAUGUUACUAAUGAAAUAAAUUGUUUAUCUAA